CUAAAUUUGUGUUGCAGCUCUAAAGUUAGAUUAGAUACAGAGUAUGAAUCGGUGUUGUGUACACUCUUUCCAGUAUGUUCUUUGAACCCUCUGCUGGUCAGCGAAUGGCUGUGGAGCAAAGGUGCCCCCAUUGUACUUUUCAAUCUUUGUCCCACUGUAUAUUGAAAGCCUUCAUUCACAUACAGUGUGAUGGCUGUUUCAGUCAGAGUUAGAGAAUAUGUGUGGUCAGCCCAUUCUGUCUUUAUCCAGGCCCAAAGACACGAUAACAUCCAGCAAUAGACUCUGCUUGAAAAUAAAGCCAUGCAGAUCGCAUCCUCUGAUAUUUUUCCAGCUCUGAAUACUAAGGACUCGGAUUAUCGAAAGAAAUGGGGGACUGGUCCAUUCUUGGGCGUUUCCUAACAGAAGUCCAAAACCACUCCACAGUCAUCGGUAAGAUCUGGCUGACGAUGCUUCUCAUCUUCCGCAUCAUGCUGGUGGCCCUCGUGGGGGAUGCAGUCUACAGCGACGAGCAGUCCAAGUUCACCUGCAACACCCUGCAGCCCGGCUGCAGCAAUGUCUGCUACGACACCUUUGCUCCCGUCUCCCACUUGCGCUUUUGGGUCUUCCAGAUUGUUCUCGUCUCCACUCCUUCCAUUUUCUACAUUGUCUAUGUUUUGCAAAAAGUCACCAAGAAUGAAAAUUCACAGGUCAGAAAGGUUAACUCGGCGCCUAAGGCCUCACCUUCACUUGAAAGUGGGAGACCUUUAACAAGGGAGGAAGGGACGAUCCUGGAAGCAGUCAGUCCUUACGACUCAACUUUGACAAAUGAGGACUGGAGCUCGCAAGAAGGUGAGUGUGAGGACAGGAGUCAACUGGAAGGGGAGGACAGAGAGGUACAAGAGGAUCCAACUCAACUAUCAAGUAAAGUGCUUCUUAUUUACAUCAUACAUGUUCUGCUGCGCUCCAUCAUGGAGAUAAUCUUCCUCGUUGGGCAGUACUACCUCUUUGGGUUUGAGGUGCCGCACCUGUUUCGCUGUGAGACCUACCCAUGUCCCAACAGAACCGACUGCUUUGUGUCCCGCGCCACAGAGAAGACCAUCUUUCUAAACUUCAUGUUCAGCGUCAGUCUGGGCUGCUUCAUCCUGAACAUAGUGGAGUUGCACUAUUUGGGCUGGAUUUACAUCUUCAGAGUACUGGUCUCUGCAUGCUGCACAGGCUGUGACUCAAACAGAGAGUCCGUGCAGCAGCUGGGGUGGUAUUCGUACAGCAACCCGCUGCUGCUGGAGCUUGAACACUCUCUGCGAGGAAGAGUUGUCCUGCAGACGGCUGCGGCUGUUUCCCGAGACAGGGGCGGCGGUGUCCCUAACCAGAUGCCGGCCAUCUCCUUUGAGACAGACUCUACUCUGGAGUGCACUUCCAAAAGGAAUUCAGAGGAAAAAGAGCGCAGUAAGGCUAGACUACACAACAUGACCAGAAUAGGAAGAGGAAAAAAGUCUUGGCUGUGAAUCUUUUUUAUUCCCUGAAAAAAAAAACACAGUUUAAUUGUGCAUUGAAUAUAUAAACAAUUAUAUUAUUUGUUAUUGUUCAUACAUUUCCUAUAAAAAAUAUACAUCUUCAGUGUGUUUGUCUCAAGCCCUUAUGGGGCUUACCUAACACAACCCUAACCCUACAGCUGUGUUAGUAUUCUGCAUUAAAAGAGCUCUGAGGCUGUUUGUGUACAUUUACUUAGAAAUACUG